AUCGAAUGCACAGGUAUAAAAUAAGGUGAGACAGAAGCAAAACUUAUUGUGAGGACAGAAGCUGAUGAACUGCAAUGUUCAAAUCAGGAUCAACUAGCGUUCUGUUGCUGACUCUCCUUUUUGGGAGUGGAAACUUCUUAAUAAUGAAGAGAGGGUUUGCUGCUGGCCGUACAAAUGUCACUGUGCGGUGUCCUAAGCCUACAAGUUGUAAUGUGAACGGCUUCGAAAAGCACUGGUACAAAAUGGACAAUUACUGUGUCAGAUACUACGACCAGCCUCUUAACUUCACUGAUGCCGAGUUCAGCUGUCGGGAGAAAGCCCCUGGUGCACACCUGGUGUCAGUGCAUAGUAAAAAUCAAAAUGAACUCUUGCUCUACAUUGUGAAAAAAUUCAACCCAAACAACCUGCGCAUCUGGCUUGGAGCCUUUGAAUUAUUUCAGUCUGGUAAAUUUCUUUGGCUUGAUGAAUCCUUCUGGGACUUUGAAAUUUGGACAACUGGUGAGCCCACCAACAUAUACAGUAGCAAAGAGGAAUGCCUGGAGAUGAACUGGAAAGAGACUGGUAGAUGGAAUGAUGACGCUUGUUCUUACAAGAAAAACUACAUUUGUGCCUUCAAAAUACCAUCUUGAAACCAGGCCCUGAGAAGAUGGAGUUUUAUCUGGGUAUCAUCCCAUUAAACUUUCUGAAUAAAAUGAUUUUCUCUGCAUCAACAAAAAAAAUCUAAAAUAAUAUAAAACAUAUAAAAAAAAAAUAUAUAAAACAAUUCUUCAGAUAACUUUAAAAUGAUAAUAAAGAGCAUUUGCAA